GGUUGUAAGGAGGUAUGUGCUUCAGCCCUCCUGAUCAUGACGACUCGUGGAUGUUUGUCUGGUUAUAUCCUUCUCACAGUCAGAGUCUUUAGGUACCCGGAGGUCGACCUCAGACGUUUUACACCAUGUCAGCGGUGACCAAUCAGCCUCUUCCCUUCGGUCAACUGGAAAGAGAGAAGCACAUCCAGAUGAUCUUCAAAGCUUUCCAGAAACACUGCGGGCCUUCAUGUGAAUGCCACACUCACCACCCUCGGCCCAAACGCACCCAAACGCCUCCUGACUGUCAAUCUGAUGGGCAGCUGUCAGGUGUGGCUCCUGGGAGGAUGAUGAAAAACGGAUUCAUGCAGCAACCAGGGAAAGUCAGUCUGCCAGGGGUGGAGGAGCCUGGAAGUGCAGCAGGAUCACACUUCCUGUCUGUGCUGGAAACAGUCAGUCAAAUACACAUCACUGCCAGACCAGAGCUGCAAGGUCCACAAUGUGUUCCAAGGAGGAUCUACAGCAUCAGCACAGGAGGUCACAGGUCACAGUUAUUUGUGGCUGUGGAAGAGAGUUCCUGUGUGUGCCUCCAGUGUUGCGGUCCAGCUCGGCCCUGUUCCCUGCGGGGGUUCGACUGUCAGGGCCGGCAGGUCUUUUAUUUUGAAAGGCCCCUCAGAGUGGACGCCUGCUGUCUCGGCUGCUGCCUGAUGGAGAUGAGGGCGUACACACCUCACAAACAACUCAUGGGCACUGUGUUUCAGAGGUGGAGCAUGUUCACCCCUCUCCUGGAAGUGUGUGAUUCAGAAGGAGCAUCCACCAUCAGAAUCCAGGGCUCCUGCUGUCCAUCCCGAUGCUUCUCUAACCAGCAAUUCCAGAUUGUCUCCAACAUUGGGGAGAAAAUGGGCUCGAUAUGGAAGAAAUGGCCUGGCUUCAAUGACGAUUAUAACAUGGACCAUGAAUAUUUUGGGUUGGAAGUGCCACUCGGUAUGGAAUCACACUCCAAACUAAUGCUGCUGGCAGCCACUUUCUUGUUGAAUUACAUGUUCUUUGAAAUGAGCUGAUCAAUGAAAAGGAUCAAUAAAAAGGUAAACUGACAUUGUUGCUACAGCGUCAGUGUGUGCUACAAUUGAUGAGACACACCAGAGGGGUCAGUUGAUGGUACACGAGACCGUAUCAGUGAAUUGUAUUUAUAAAGAAACAGUAAGGAAUGAUCUGUCCCUCAACAAUUGUGUUUCAACAAACAUACUGUAUGUAGAAAAUGACACUGAACCAGAUUUAGCAGCAGAUGCAUAUUUGACAUUUAUUGCUAUACUCCAUCAGGUGUACAUCCAAAUGUGUUCUUCACUUUUGACACACACCUGCACCCAUCAUCAUACCCACAAACACUGGCAGCAUUACAGUUUUUCAACAAACUAUAGGCGCUUUCUUGGCAUGGUUCCAAAAAGAUGCUCCCGAGAAUUGAUAAAAACUGUAACAGACCCUGACCCUGGGCCCAGUUUCAUUUAUUUUACUACAAAAUGGAAAAGGAGUGAAGGUCAGUGUUCCAGGACACCUGAACACCUUUGUUGAGGACAUUAAAGCAGAACCCAUCCCUUGGAUUGUUUAAAGGCGGGAUGAAGACGUGACAGACAGAAGGGAAAACUGGUUCGGGCUCGAGGCCAGGCACAGUGAUUUAGGCAGCUUGGCAGUCCAUUCUUAAGAUGCCGGUUAUACAACCUUCUGCCCAACACAGGAUGCUCCUCAUCCUUUGGGAUUAACUUUCACGUAAAAUGGAGAAUCAUUGCUGAUUCAGUUAAGCGAUCUUUGAAGUGGACUGUAUUUACAAAUAUAUCGUACACAAUAAUAGUAAUCUUUCUGGUUCGAAAUGUCAGACGAAUUGUAGUUAAAAUACAGCACUGUAAUAAAAAAAAAAA